AGAGUGCACAGUUUGACUCACAGUAUGAUCGAUGUCGGUGGGUCCUGUCUGCCACGAGUCUGAUUCUGAUUUGCGGCAGUGCGCUGCAAGCCCAUCCAGUUCCGAUCGUUAUUGUCGAACACCUGAACCGCUUUGAACGCUUGGCCUCGAGCCCUUUUGGUCCAAGACUUCGCCUCGAGCCCAUUCGGUUCCCCGUCCCCGACCCCUCCCAUGUCUACCGUCAGAUUCUCUCUCUCUCUCUCUCUCUCUAAUCCCAGGCCCAAAUCUCAAUCAGUUCUCGGUACAUUCUUUUGUUGCUGUGAUCGAGAAUGGCCACGGUCGUGGUGCAGUGGGGCUGGCCAGCAAUGGAUAGAUGGUGCCUGGAAAGGCAUCAUUCUUCUCCGAUUAGUUGUGGAGCGAUCGAUUGCCGGAGCCGCAGAAGAAUUCGUUCAAGAAAUAAGGAGUAUGUUUCUUUGGUAGUUUUGACUUAUAGUCUUUGCUACCAUGCUCUGGGGCGUAGACUAAAUGAUUGACGAAAUGUUAGACGGCUGAUUGGUUCCAGCUUACUGAUGCUUUCCCAAUUUUGGAUUCUUUUACUGACUUGGAUACUAGAUAACCCUCAUUAUGAUUUUUUUUUUUUAGUAAUCGGUCGUUUUUUUUUUUAGAAUAGAUGAUGGCUUAUAAUAGUUUAUAGCGGGUUACGCAAGUGAUAGAGGUGCCUAAAAGGCUAGGGAAUGAAGCAUGAAACAGUGUUGCUUGGAGCCUUAGACACCCCAUAUUGAGGUUUAUAGAGUCUGGCCUUUGGGCACUUGGAGCAUCAAAAAUCGGAACUUCAUUUAGGUCAGUUUAAAGUUUUGGUACUGGAGUUUGCUAAAAGCCACUUUACUCCACAUACUCGCAACAUAACUGUCUGCUGUUCCCAAGGGCCGAACAAUUAAGCCAAGUUGUGGGGACACUUGUGCUCGAGUGUCAUUCUUUUUCCCCCUUUCAAUUAAAAUUGUUGUCAUGUCUAUUACAGAUGUUGAUUUUUGAGUUGAUUUUGAUGGAAAGGAAGCAGCUAAAGCCUGGUAAAAUUGGUUUUUCUUGACCCUGCUAUUUCUGCUUCCUUUUAUUCUUCACUCUCUAUAUUUUUUUCUUUUCAUUAUUAACUACUCAACUGUUAGAUUCACUGUAACAUGUCCAUGUUCAAACAAUAAUUGAUUCAGAUUUAAUAUUGGUUCGCUUUUCUGAUCUGUUAUCAAAUAAAAAAUAAUGCUAACAUCCCUAAUCUGAAUGUUAAACCUCAUGCAUCUUAUUCUUCCCCUCUAUACUGUAUCACUUGUUGGGCUUAAUUAAAAUUUGUUCACUGUUUCAAAACAUAUGCUGCUUUUAGAACAUGUACAAAGAAGCCGAAUAUAAAGUUAGAAGUCUUAUUUCAAACUCACGCUGAGCCUUAACCUUUAACCUCAAAAUUUUGUGGACAUGUUUCCUAAUAUCUUGCUCUUAUCCUAUUCUUUAAGCGUUAGGAAGGUCUAGCUGGAAUCACACUUUCUCAUGUUCUCUGAAACUGGAUAGCAAGUGAUCUACUUGAAUCAUGUUCUCUGAAACUGGAUAGCAAGUGAUCUACUUGAACCGUGUCUUGCCAAGAAGCAACAAUGUCUAGAGGAAAUGUUUGCUUAAUUAUUGUCGCCUUUUUCCUUUUUUUUUUUGGAGACAAAGGGAGGGAGAACUGCCCACAUUAUAAUUACCUAGGUGCAGAUAUUUGGCGGUGGACCAACCCAAGAAUCGAACUCAUAACCUUUGUUUGCUAAGCAGAGGGAUGUUCCACCGAGACUGGCCUAGUUAACGGCUACAAAAUAGGUAGCAAAGAAAACUAUCCUUAAAAAUCACCUAUCACUAGUUAUAAAUUUGUUUAGUACUAUAGAUAGCUGACUCACAUGAUAACCUUCACCCUAUAUGAAUAAAAUAUUACAUGCUCUUGCGGAGGUUAUAUAGCACACAAUAUUACCCGAAUAUGUGGUACAUAAGAGAAAAGCUUCAAGGGUUGCAUUACAAUAGUGGAAGCAGAUUUGAUGAUGUUUGCUGCACAGAACAUUUGGUCUAAGAGGACUUACAGAGAAAUGAGACUUGUAGAAAUAACUUGAAACAGCAGGGAUGAGGCUUGUUAUUGGUUUCUAUCGUUGAGAACGAAAUGACAUUUCUUUUUCUACAUCAGUUAGGCUGGAAGAUGAACCACAAUCACUUCCAUGGUUGUGACUUGUGACGAUUGUUGACAAGCUUACAACAUUGUUAAGAGGAUGUUUGUUUGCCGAUCACUUUCCAUGGUCAUGUGCACUUUCGCUACUUUAUUCGGGGAUCUUCUUCUUGGGCUCCUUGCUAGCUGAAUAUUUAAAUUUUAAUUUUGUAUAAAAUUCUGGAAGUCUAGGCUUAUUCAUUAUUCAUUUGUACAUCAUAAAUCCAAACUCAACAUCUGUGCAGAAAGCACCUCUUUUCAUUCUACUUGUCCUUCUUUUAGAGGGAGAUUCUUCGAAAAGCCAUUUGAAGUUGGGGGGAUCAGAAUAUUGUGUAUGGGAACUUCCAUAUAUUGCAUUAUUAUGGAAUUAUCUGUCAUUUCACUUUAUGUGCUGGAUGCUUGUAAUGACCACAAAAUUUACAUAAAUUGAAAGUUGAUUUUUUUUGUGUAUUUCUUUUAGCAGAGUAGGGCUGAUUGCUAAAACUUCACUGAAGAUGGUCAGAGAAUAUGGACCCACAUAUUAAUUGAACUAAAAUAGCAUGUUAAACACAUAAUUGCUCUAAGACUUAAUAUAAAAACUUAUAGCCCAAAAAUACCCUAUUUUAAUUAUUUUGUUAUUGACAAUUGUUCCAAAGAAAGGGGAAAUUGACGAGGAUGUCGUAAACAAUGUCAUAUUAUGUAAUUUAAUUUCCCUACUUCAUUAUCUCGAUGUAUGCUAUGUACCAUUGUGGCUGAAUAUAAAAAUAAAAAAAUGAUACUUAAGAGGUGAAUUCUAUCUUCUCUUCUUCUUCUUCUUCUGCUUCUUUUUUUUGAUACAAAGAAGUGAGUUCUAUCAUUUAUAGUUGCAAAAAUGCCAAAUAAGGCAUCAUGUCACUGAGAACUGAAAAGAAAAAGUAUGAUCAUACCCAGGAGGGGUUUAUAAAGGGGAAGGCUGGAUCUGCGUCAGGUGUUUGAAAACAGGGUUAGAAAACCUAAGAAAACAUGGAUAGAUCUUGUGCCGAAUGACUUGAUGGUGGUAGUGGAUAACUCAAAUUAUGAACCUUUGAUUAGACCAAAUUGUAGAGCCAAAUUCAGAUAUCACCCAGAUUGAUGAGAUAGCCAUUAGUUUAUGUUUCAGACUUGCUUUCCAACAGAACUAGUCAAUGAUUGUGGUGAUUAUAUUGAUAGAAUUCAUUCUGAGCCACUAGGCUCCAGAUAUCAAUUUAGCCAGAAAUACUUUGGUCAAGCUGAAUUAAUUUUAUUAUAACUACAUGUAACUAUAUACAAUGAGCAGUUUUUGUUAAUAAUACUUUGUAGAGGAGAAUUACUAUUAUUGUUUUUUUAUAUCCUUAUUAGCUAUUUAUCAAUGGCUUAACUGCUGCUUAUUUUUCAAAGAAACAGCAACAGUAAGCUCUGUCAUAAGCUCAUGCCACCAUCUUAAAGGAAAUUCUGUUGCUUCAUCAAUAUCUGCUUUCUUUUGGACCUCUUUCAUCAAAUUCUUGUAAACUUGGUUUCUUAGCUAAUUUGUCCUGAAAAUUGUGCACCGAUAUGGGCAUGUUUGGGAACUUCCUGUUGGACCCUGCUCGAUCCAGCAGGAUGGACCUGAGAUAUAGAAAGCAUGAGAGUGGGAGGGAGAGUGCAGGGAGGUUGCCAGUCCCAAGCACUGCAGGAAGGGAGAGAAAAGACAUCGAGAGGUCUUUUUUUAUCCCUCAGGGAACAAGCCGCACAAACCCCGUAUUCAUUCCUUCAUGCUUUCCUGCUCCAGUCCUUCCUUCCCUGGCACUCCCCCUCUCCAGCCAGUCCUGCUGGAUCAGGCAGGAAUUUUUCGAACAGGCUCUACGUGAAGAAACAAUAUAAGCAUGAUGGUCAAAUUUGCUUGCUCCUCAUAUAGAAUUUAUCAUCAUCUUAAUCUUUUUUAAAGGACUAUAUUGAUGAUGCCCCUUAUAUAGACACAAGCCUGUGAAACAGAAAAAUCAUGUGAACAGGCUUCCUCUUAUUUGUUUUCUGUAGUCAUCAGAUGAGAAGCAAUAGAUGGAGGCUAGCCUUUGCCUUGGACACUGGCACGCCGAAUAUUAAUGGUCAACAGAACGUUGAUGGGGACAAUGCAGGGCUUGGCUGGACCAGACUGGGCAUUAUAGUCCGCGCUGCAGCAAGAGAGCUUCUGGAGAAGCUUGAUGCUGCUGGGAAGAACUUCGCCACAAAAAUAUUUCUCGUCCUCUUGGGUUUCUAUGCAGCCAAUGCCCUGGCAACUAUUCUUGUGCAGACUGGUGACUGGGAUGUCUUGGUUGCUGGUAUUGUGGUUGCUGCCAUUGAGGGUAUAGGCAUGCUUAUGUAUGGAAAACCAUUCACUAUGCCUGUUGGAAGAUUGCAGUCUUGCUGGAAAGUUGGCAUAUGCUUGGGUCUCUUUGUUGAUGCUUUCAAAUUAGGAAGUUGAGGUUCUUAUGUAUUAAAUCUGGCUUAAUGAAUUACACAUUUUCCUAGGCUGCACCGAGCUCAUGGUGAUUCAUUGAAAUUUGCUGCAUAGAUGCUGUUGCGGCAGAACCCCUCAUCGCCUGGUCGUCGG